UCUGACGCCAUCGCCAAUUCGUCGCCGCGCCGCUGACGCAGAAUUUGUGUGUAAAACCUUGUAAAAUUUGUGCAAUUUCGCGUUCCAAAUCCGAAUUAUUGCGGUGGAAAGUGGAAAGGAAGUGGCGCUACACCGGUGUCCACACAAUUAAUGCCGAGGGCAGCCAGUAAACAAAAGCUGCCGAUGCGCGAGAUGGCGGACUUGGAUGCAGUGCACCUGGGCCUGGACGAGAACGAGGCGGACAUUGCCGAGGAGCUGCAGGACUUUGAGUUCAACACAAGGAGCGAGGCGUCGGAGUCGAAUGGUGGAGACUCCACGGACUCGGAGCCCAGUAUCAGCUCGGUGAGCACUGCCACAUCCUCGCUGGUGGGCAGUGGCAAGCGGAAGACCAAGAAGCUGGCCAAGGAGAGCCCCCAGCCUACGGUGGAGGCCAAGUCUUCGAAGUCCUCCUCCUCCAAAAACAAAGGCAAACGGGAGCCCACGCCCGAGGAUCUGAAUGGUGGCAAGAAAAAGAAACGCACAGGCAGUGAGUCCAAGAAAUCCACUUCCUCCGAGUCCCCCGAAAAAGUCAAGGCCAAGUCCCCGCCUGCCGAGGAGCGCCAGCCGGCGGCCAAGAAGUCGCGCACCAAGAAACCCUCAAAUUUGAACGAUUCCGUGGGCCACAAGAGCGAUGCCAGCGAGGCGGAGGACGAGAAACCAGCUCUUCCAGCCCUGGAGUCCGAUAGCGAGUCCUCCGACUCGGAUUCGGGCACCCAGCACAAGAGGAACGGAGGCAAUGGUGGCGGCAAUGGCCGGGGUAAGCCCAAUUCCAAGAGCUCCACGCCAGAAAAGGAUUCGGGCGGUGUUGGCUCGCAGCCACAUUCACAGAAGGGCUACGACUACAUGACCAAGCUGAACUACCUGUUCCGGGACACGCGCUUCUUCCUCAUCAAGUCCAACAAUAGCGACAACGUCCAGCUGUCCAAGAGCAAGAGCGUGUGGGCCACGCUGCCGCAGAACGACGCCAAUCUUAACCAGGCCUUCAAGGAGGCCAGAAAUGUGCUGCUCAUCUUCUCGGUGAACGAGAGUGGUAAAUUUGCAGGCUUUGCCCGGAUGGCGGCUCCCUCCCGGCGAGACAUUCCCCAGGUGGCCUGGGUACUGCCGCCCAGUAUUUCGUCCAAGGCGCUGGGCGGCGUCAUCGAGCUUGACUGGAUCUGCCGCAAGGAGUUGUCCUUCAACGCCACCCUCCAUCUGCACAACACCUGGAACGAGGGCAAGCCGGUGAAGAUCGGUCGCGACGGCCAGGAGAUUGAGCCCAAGAUCGGCGGCGAACUGUGCCGCCUCUUCCCCGAGGACGAGCAAAUCGAACUCACCCCAAUACUCAAGAAAUCCAAGGAGACGGCUCGAGUAAUGCGGGAAAAGGGCAUCCACGUGAUCUACAAGCCGCCCAGGAGUCUCUCUUCGCGUGGCCACGGCGGAGGAGGAGGCCGCGGCGGUGGCAGAGGAGCCAGUCACGACCAGCUGGGUCCUAUGCGUCACAAGAGGAGCUACCACGGACCACCACACCAUCGCCCGUACCGUCACCAUCAUGGCAUGGGCCUCCCACCGGGCGGUGGCUUCAAGAGAAGCGGUUCUCCCUACCGCCAGAUGGGCAGUGGAGGAGGAGCACCACCCGGUGGACCGGGUGACAUGGCUAUGCCGUCGUGGGAGCGUUACAUGUCGUCCGCGGCAGCUGCUGAAGCCUAUGUGGCGGACUACAUGCGCAACAUGCAUGGUCAACUACCGCCGUUGCCCUUCGUUCCUCCGUUCGCCCAGCUGCCGAUGCCAGGAGCAGGGGCCGGAGCAGCUGGUGCCCUGCCACCGGGAGCGGCUGCCAUGUACGAGCAGCUGCCGCCACCGGUGCGGUACUACGAUGGACCGGGUGCACCACCACUGCCGGAUUAUCCGCCUCCACAACGGCCACCACCACCGGGCUUCGAUAAGGCGCCGAGCUACGAGGAGUUUGCCGCCUGGAAGAACGCUGGCCUGCCCACAGUGCCACCGCCAGGCUUUCCCGUCUACGGCGGACCAGCCAAUGGCGGUAGCAAUGGAGCUGGCGGGGUAGCUGCAGCCCAGGCGGCUGCCGGCGGAAGCAUGGGAGGUGGAGGAUCCGGCGGCGGAAUGGGUGGACCCGGUGGCUAUCGGAAUCGGGACGGCAACAACGGCUCCGCGGGCGCUCGUCGACGGGAGUACGGAAAUCGCAGCGGUGGAUCUUCGCGGGAUUCGCGACCGUUUCGCGAGCGUGGCGGUGGCGGCGGCCAGCGAAACUAUCGGGACAACAGGCGCUAGGCCGCAUCGAAAUCGAUGUCGAGAUCGAGAUCGAGAUCGAGAUCGUGCUGCUGGCCUCGCUAGAAUCGGAAAGUGUAAUCCUAAUCCUCUCGCGUGUGAAAAUUCAAAGAUAAAUAUUGAAUGCGUUACGGUAUAAGCGAAAAGUUAAUAUGAUAAAACCGAAAAAUCCUAGACCUACGAAAACCGGCUAUCGUCUAAAGUCGAUACAACUCUCUUUCCCCCUUUCUCUCUGUCCCGGUCACCAAACACCCCCCACCACCCACACUAAGAUUUAAACAAACUUACGACUUAAGCAAAUUUCAAAACAGCAGAGAUCUUAAUGCUAAUUAAAUAUUUUAAACCACAAAAAGAAAAAAAAUACAAAAUGAAAGAGAGAAA